UGACAGCCCUGACUAAGAGUAGCAAUAUGGCCUUCUGCAACAGGCACACGCCGGUUUAAGCUGGAAUACUGGGGAGCAUCCCAUAGGAGAUCGUUGAGUGCAUACUUCUACAUUACAUAUUAUCAACUUAUAAGGCUGCGAGACGUAUGUGUGUGUGUGUGCGUGUGUGUACACACUCAUAAAUGUCUUAUCAGUGAGCAAAUGAGCAACGUCAGCGUCGGCAGCGGCUAUUGGCAGAGCGCAGCCUGAUUACUGUGUGAUGUUGGCUUUUGUUCGAGGUUUCGAGUCGAGUUUGCGACAUCUCAAAAAGCAGAGCCCCAACUUAGCCAGUGACCAAAAGUGGCGUAAAAAUCAUAUAUAAAGAAUCACAAAACACAAAAAUUAAUUAAAAUUUGUUUUACCCAAAACAUCUACAUAAAAAUAUAUACAGCAAAGUACAGCUGAUUUGGAUUUGAAACCAGUCCGUAAAAAAAAUUAAAUUGUGAAUCUACAAUCUACAAAAAUUGUGCCAAAAGGUUCGUUGCGAAUCGUUGUGGAAUUUUUGGGACUAGCACACAAGCUUGGUCUACGUACUGUGCUGAACUCUCACCGAAGUCGAUGUCGAUGCCGUUGUCGAGUAUAAAGAACUCAUAAAUCGAAAUCAACAGAUCCGUAUACUAAGUACAGUAUAGACAUAAAGCAUUAAUCCACUUCAUUUAUAAGCCAAUAUAUAUGGCGAGUAGCUGCGCAUUUUCACACAACUUCGUCGCAGCCAUUGUCGACAGGGAAUCUAUGGAAAUUCAGAUGAUAUCUGUGCCAGCCACAGUCCAAAGCUGAAUACACACAAAGGAUCAAAACAAGCAGAGUUAACCUACAGCUACUGCGACUAUCACUGUCAUCAUCACUUCUGCCAGAUAGUAUUUGAAAUUGCAAAAUGAGUCGAGGAAUGCAAAUGUCCAUGCUGAGCCUGAUCACGCUGUUGCUGCUGUGCCUAGAGUUGCACAUGAUUGCGGCCAAGACACGCGAUCUGUGCCAGGUGAAGCCAAGCACGAGCAGCCUCUGCGUGCCCUCCACUCUGGGCAUAUACUAUGACAUAGAGACACAGCACUGCAAGUACAUGGGAUGCAGCAACAAGCGGCUGUUUAACACACUCGAGGAUUGCGAGAAGAUUUGCAACAAUCCGCGACACGUGAAGCGGCGCACUAACAUUAACAACAACAAGGCGAAUCAAACAACAAAUUGAAUAUACUACUUAGUAAUCGCAAACAAAGUUAUGAAUUCA